AUGCCAAACUACAUCGAUCCAACGCAAGUCUUCAACCCUUACGCCAAAGAGUAUGAGAGGAGACGCCGGGAAGCAGCAGCUCAAGCUGGGGCCGAAGCAAUAAGGAAGAAAACAGAGGAAGAGGCUGCUGCAAAACGGAGCGCACAAGAGGCGGCUAUGGUAGAUGCCGAGAAGAAAGCGGGCCAAGCAAAGGCUAAUACAGCGAAGAGAGCCCAAAAGUCACGGCAGAACCGACUGAAUCCUGUCGCAAGUGCUCUUCUGCCAGCAAGUGCAUCUGCUGGUGUAACCCCUCCUCAGCCCGUCCAUGCAGCAACAGAGGGAACGGCUGAUGAUGCGAGCAUGGCAUUAGAGCUCAAAGCAAUGGUGGAAAAAAUGAAAGAGUACCGGAGUAAAGAUCCUGCCCUAUUCCAGAAGCUAUGGGACGACAUGCGCAAGCCACUUUCCGGACCCGCGAGUGCCAUGCCUCUACAGUCGCCGUCUCCUCAGAUGAACCAACAGCAAACUGUCCCUCCCACAAGUAUGCCGGCCCCCGUCCAAUCUACGCCGCAGCAGCAGUCUACGGUCGAACCCAUAAUUGCAACGCCCUCUGAGGUCAAGGCACCUCAGGAUUCUGACGCCAUGCCUAACGUACCACAGCUAUUUAAGAUGAAUGGAUACAGGGUUACAGUGUUAGACAACCCACAAAACCUCCCUGAUCUCGGCCGCUUUCCUGCUGAGCGACGUAUCCGGAUGAGGGCCCUAGUGCCUCCUGCAGAGAGCGCUGCUCGACCUGCACCAGCUCAGCCUGUAGCUGCUCAGCCAGCUGUAGCUAACCAGGUGCCCGCUACUUCUAAACAAGGAACCCCUGCUCCACCUUCGCAACCUCAAGCCGGAGCAGCAGGGCCACCAGCUGAAGCUAUGCGUCCGCUUACUCAAGGACUUCCGCCAAGGGGUCCUGCGGGUGGAACCAUCUGGCCGGAAGACAAGCGUAAGGCUCUUGCAGACGCUGCGAUCAAGUCGCUCAAGGCAGUGCCGGAAAAUGCGUCAGUUACUAUUUCACCUGCGGACAUACAUGACAUGCUUGAGCAGAAUCCAAGCUAUAUCGAUCUGUGCGAGUUACUUGAGAAGAAAGGUCUGAAAUUCCAUAGGGGUCAGUUUGCGAGACAGCUUCUGAGCAAUGUACCCUAUCUUAAUGGUCCUUCUGGCAAGACGGUUCCGGCACCUUCCAGUCCUGCACAAAAGCGCGAUGCCACUGCUUCUGUCCCAGUGCAGGACCUCCCGGCGCCACCCACGGCCGCCACGGUAUCAGCUCAAGCCCAAGGCAAUGCAGGCAAUUCUAGGUCUCAAGUUUUACUCGGAGGAGUGGGUGGUGAAGUCUUCACAUUUGAGAGGCCCCUCUCUAGCCCCCAACAGUCGAACGCGGUCGCAAUGCCAUUGCCACGACCGAGACCAUCCAGACCUCACCCUCUCGCACGGCCUGAGCCGCCACUGGGUUCGAAAGAGGCUAAUGCUCGCAAAAGAGAUUUCUCAGAAGUGGUCGAUCUUACCGCGUUGAGUGACAAUGAGGACUAUGUGAUGUCUAGGAAGCAGGCACAGGUCGAGAGUCCUCCAUCGGGGCCAGCGGUUCAUCCACUAUUUCAAUUCAAUAGUGACCCGAUCAAAACAAAGGCACAGUUCCUUCAGGCCGUGGGACUAACCCCAGACGAAUAUGUGCUGACCGCGCAAAACGGAGUGCCUGAGGAGCCUCUUCGCUUCAACCCCGAUCCGUCUGCGUAUCCGCAGACUUACACACCACUCCCACAUUACGCACCACAGCAGCCAGGUCGGCCAUUGCAGGUACCACCACCGACACCUCAGCAGCAGGGACCAUUCAAGUGCCUGGCCAAACCGGUCAACAAAGCAGAAGCCCUGCGUAAGACAUGUUACGACGCCAAAACAGUGGCCCGUGAUCUCCUUAUUACUAUUGGCAGACAUCCCACGGAGCGCCCACUCAAUGCACACUUGGCGGGUCUGUUAGGGAAGUAUAUCGAAAUCGAUUCCGACCUGAGCACGUUUGAUUGGGAUGCAAUAGACCCAGGGGGUCCCCCAGUGCCUCAAGUACCUUUCGUGGAUGUUCCAACAGGACCACCGCGACUCGGAUGGGGAGACCGCGGUGUUCAACUUCCCAAGCUCGAAACCCAAACUGAUGUUCCUGGCGCUGAGGCGCACCCGGCACGCUUUCCUAAUUCGGACAAGCGCAAAGUGCCUGCGCCCUCUACAAACCGUGUGUCUGCUCCAGCUCAUCGAGGGGAAGAGAACAAAGCUCAAGCACCCACAUCACCACUGCAGGUCAAGACUGACUUGGGACCGUCUCAUAUCGUGCGGCGCAGUCGUGGUCGCCCGCCACAGGAGCCUGGACGUUCUCGUAAUUCGACUCCAAGCUCAGUCGUACCCCAGAAGCGGAAAACGAAUGGUGUCGUUCCCCUUGAUGCGACUCCUGCCCCAGAAGGCAAGCGAUCUACACGGAGUGCCUCUACACAACUGACGCCGACUGUCACGCCGUCCACCAAUUCUGCGAACAAGAUGGAGUCCCCGCGCGUGUUCUCCAGCGGAAAGCGGGUAGGUCGGCCUCCUGGGUCUAAAAACAUUCACCCUUCUUCUGGAGCCGUGAAGAUAGCCGUAGCUCAGAUCAGUCAGACGGGAGUCAGCGUUCCUCCAAAACCUAUGUCACCAAUCAAUCCCGUCUUUAGGUGUCGCUGGAAAGGGUGUCAAGCCCACCUCCACAAUCUCGAAACCAUCCGCAAACAUGUCUCAAAAGUGCAUCAUCCCACGAGCCAACAGCUAAAGGAGCAGAUUGGCUAUGUCUGCUGGUGGAAAAAGUGCAAGCUCCUGGUUGAAGAUGAGGACGGACAACUCGGACCGUCGCAGAUCUUUCACACCCGUGGAGACUGGCUGGGACACAUUGAAGAAGCCCAUCUGAAGGAGGUCGCGCAGAAACUUGGGUCUGGCCCGUCACUCAAGCACAUCGGUAAGCAAACACAGAAGCGGACGUCAUUCCCAUUUGACCUGGCGAAAUUCUCAUUUAAUCCUGCCUCGCUUGCACCUCCAACACCACCCUCCUCAAGUCCCGUACCAGUGGCUAGAACGUUAUCUCACACAGAUCCUCAGACCGUGCACCAGGAUAGAACGCGAUUCCUCUCCGACUCGGAAGGCCGGGUCACCACCCCAGACGUUACAAACCCAUCUACCCAAGAAAAUCUUCAGCCAGACACCAUGCGUCUGCUCAAGGCAGAUUGCAAAAACAACGAAGAGCAGGCGCAGAAAGCGUUCAUGAGGACUCAUCGGCAGGAGAAAAACAACCCGAGGGCUAUCGCGGAAGAGACUCUGAAGGCCAUGUCUGCUCGGAAGGCCAAGAUCGGACCAGGCAUUGACAGAGGAGGUUGUAUCCUCGUCACGGAGGAGAGAAGAGCCACACUGAUCCAGAACCCGGGCAUCCAGAGAGUCGUGGAGGGGGAUUAUUGA